UACAUUUCAUUUAUUAAAGUCUCGCGUCGUUUGUAUUUUCUUAAAAGUAAAUGUGGAUUUAAAAUGUCUACAAAUGUGCGAGGCAUAUACUGCUUUGGCUAUUUCUUAGUGAUGAUUCAAUUGUAUUGAUAUAAUAUGCGGAGGGAGGAAGUGAAUUAGUAUAGCCUGUGAAAAUAGGUUAUUUCUCUAAGCAGUUUCGCUUUAAAAAUAUCGGUUCUUAUAUUGUUUGUUGUUGUUGUUUUACAGUAAUAUUGAACAGAGUCGUAGAAAUGAGUACAGAUGUCAAAAUACCUAUGCGUGAACAGGACGAACACGGUGGUGAACAGGAUUCAAAAAGUGACCCACUAUUGGAAAAAAACCCGAUGAUACAUAGGUCUAUGUCAGCAGAGAGUCGAAAGAGUAUUAGGGAGGACACGCACAAACAAAUCUACAAGUCUGCUAUCAUUCUGUUCGGGGUCUUGAAUAUUCUAUUGUUGGUACUGAACGCUCUAGCAGGGUACUACCUGGCAAGCGAGAAGGCACCACCUCAACCAACCUCCCGACUCUGUGUCCGAUGUCAGGAUAUCAAAGGGCACCCAGACGAUGUUAAGGCAUGGAAACACAUUGUACAAGAGAACGAUACGUGUUGCCUUGACGACCCCAAACAUCUCAACUAUCUGGUGGAAUACUACACAGAACGAUGGAUGAAAGCACGCCUUACGAACAGCAAUAAAACGUUUCAAUACUGCAAGGACCCAACACGUGAUGAAUUCCAAGCGAGACCUACCAUUAAAGUCAUGGGCUUCAGCGAACCACAGAUACAUCCGGAGCAUCACCGCUUGCACUGGGAUCAGAACCAUCCACUAGCCCUUGUUCCGCAUCCUACCAAGAUACAGUAUUUGGAAGAUGACGCGCAAAUUGAGAUAAAGCAGGCUGGUGUAUACCACGUGUACAGUCAGGUUCAUUUUGACCAUAAGCAGAACAGCGACAAUCUUCAGCCUGUGGUCUUCUCGCACAUGAUUUACAUGAAGAAAGCAGGGACUUCAACAGGUGAUGGAACCAUCGUAAUGCGGAGCCGGGAGACAGAAUGUGAGAGCGAGGAUCCACGGGUUGUGGGGUCAAGUUACCUGGCUAGCUCCCUGCAGCUUGAGGAUGGGGACAGGCUGUAUGUCAAAGUCUAUACAAAAGAUGACGUCCUGGCCCAGCCACAGAUGAACUUCUUUGGGGCUCACAUGCUGUAGUGACGGUAACUUGACCUUACGUAAACCGUACGCUGCUUAAAAGUGUACAGGUAUACCCCGUCAAGUUACGGACAGAGUAUAUGCGAUAAUUUUAUUGAAACUAAAUAUAUUUAACACAAAAUUAGAUUGUUUAUUACUCAGAUUUCAUAUUUUCUUCGUUUUGAUUGUGUUAAAUCGGGACGCGAUCUCAUUUUUUAUUAGCCACAUCCUUAUUAGUCAUAGUGUAAUUAUCUAUUCAAGAAAGAAGAAAAAAAUA